GAGAAACUUAAUCGCCUUAAAGCUAUAAUUACUAAAGUAAUAAAGCAAAAAACUUGUAAGAGGCGCUAUGUACAAGCAGAGGGUCGUAUAGAUAUACUCGAUCACACACACACUUUAGGCGUAGCCUCUUACAGCUAUAAUAAUGGUGCAACGUCUGCGAAGAGGGUGCGUAGUGAACGGCGCUGCGGGCGUUAUAGCCAAAUUAGACACAACUUUUGCACUUGUUAA